GCCUACAUAAAAGGUUGCAUCAAUGUGGCUGCCUGUCUCAUCCAAAAGGAUGUGCCGACCUACAUGCCCAUGGAAAUGUUUGCCACGCUCAUGGAGCAAGUGACACGGUUCGACGAGAUCUUGUGGGGCACGAUCCAGCAAGCUCUCGCUUUGGAAGAGGAUGAUCUCAUCAUCUCGGAUGUGGAGCCGGACUUCCACUGCGACGCCUCGGACUACCCGGAUGCCGGCUCGGGGGGUCUUGGCCUCUUGCAAAGCAACGCCACGGAUGCACAAACUGCGCAGCGUGACACGUUGUCGUUCAAUGCGGCUCUCCAUCGCGCUGGGAGGGCCACACAUCGUCUCUUGGACAGUCAUGGCAUGAACAGCUCCAUGGAGGCGACCGUUGCUCAGCUGGAGGAGGUGUGGGAGCCCGUUUGCAAAGUGAUGGGCUGCGACCACAGCAACUUCUUCGACAUCCACCUUAUGUCACACAAGCACACGGUGGCGCUGACGCAGCUGACGCAGACACAUGCUGUGGCUCAGCUGCGCUCACACAUCCGCUCGAGGAAUCGGCUGGAGAUCCGAGUCCAGCGCUUCCUUUCCGAGCAUGGCAGUGCUUUCGCAGACCGAUUCUACAGGCACGAGGUGCAGGAGGCAUCCUUGCAGAGCUAUGGGGAUUUGCAACAUCAGGCCGUGUUGCGGUUCGUGCUUCCGCUCAUGCCCAGCUUGAACAACGAGACCAAGGUAUGGCGCAUGGUGAACAACGUGAAGCUUGCGAAGUUCCUUGCGGCUUUCGAGGCGAAAGACGUUGCACUGGUGGAGACGAAGCAGCAAAGCACCUUUGCCUGGGGUCGUCUCCGCCGCUGGUUAGGGGACGUGUUCGAAUGCCUCGGCAAGUUCAACGUCGUGGGUGGUGUGGGCUACGGCAAGAUGUUCGGAGCUUACGUCGGCGGUAGCUUCGGCCUCGCCACUGGCGCCAGCGGUGAUCUCAAGAAGAUUUUCACAGAACGCAAGAAACCGUCGGCAAGCAUAGGCGUCGGCAUGGGGCUUGUCGCCGGCAACGUCGGGCCACUUUGGCGCGCUGGGGUUGGCGUUGGAGGAAGCGUGAAGUGUAGCCGAAGCGGCUGCACGGUAGGCCUCGCUGUGGGCACUGUCGGAUCAGCAGUUUGGGAUGGCACCGGCAGAGAAUGUUGCUUUGGCCGGAGGAUGGGGCCUUUGAAAUGCAAGAAGUCGGCUGGAACUACCUUCCUGGCGACCUGCUGCAGCUUUAAUUUUAUCACUGGCUCGACUUCGUGCCGCUGA